AUGAAGUUCACUGGCUUUUUCGCUGCUCUCUUCGCUUCGACUGCCAUCAUCACCUGUCACGGCGCGCCAGGUGCCCGCGCCCGCCCCCACGCCUGGUCGAGCCUUGCCUCGAAGUCCGCUCCUCUUGGCGAACGUGCGACCUGGUAUGAGAUCAACAAGGUGCGGCAGAGCGCACAGGUACUGUCGAGACUGUCGCUGCCUUUAACAGCUGACGAAACUCUCAACCCCUCAUCCCACCUCCCGCAUCAGCGCACGAUCAUCCCAGCGCCCAAAUUGAAUGGCUUCCACGUGAAUGGUCACCCUCAGAUCUCGCAAGGCGCCUUUUUGCCAAAGUGAGCCAGAGCCAGCCGCGUGCAAAUAACAGCCAAGGAGGGCUUUCGAGUCGAGUCGAGAUGCGCCUUGUACUGACACGUACGCUGUCGCGUCGCGCAUGGGGCGACACAGAAACAGCUUGGGAUUCGAUCGCCACGUCGAGGUGAGUCUGAUCUGUCAGACGGCGCUUUCUUUUGCGCAACGCUUGCAUUGCACUUAACUCCUGACAUGCAUUGCGGAUCGCUUUCUUGAUCGUUCUCCAGAUCCCUGACAAGCAUACGCUCAAGUGGAGUUAUGCACACGAUACAGCAAGGCCUUUGCACAUCUUCGAUAGCGAGCGUGGAUGGAUACUGCAACACGGCGCUCAGCCCAUCGACCGCGCCAUCUCUCCCCUCGACUUUGUGAGUUGA